GACACUACCUCACUUUUUAAGUAUAUUUUAUUUCUGUUUUUUUGCAUGAUUUUUAAUGUAUUCAAUAUAUGUAUACUGUAAAUGAUUUAGUUUUUUCUUCUAUAUUAUGUAUUGCAAUGAACUGCUGCUAAGUUAACAAAUUUGACGACACAUGCCAGCCAGUGAUAAUAAGCCUGACUCUGAUUCUAAGAUGCUAUAAAGUUAGACACAAAACCAGACAGUGUUUCAGCUUCUGCUUGGUACUGCACAAGCACUGCCGGACGGCUGUUAGAACGCGCAGUCGGUGUGAACGGCGUGGGAGUUCAAUUGUAAAGUAAGCUUUUUUGACUAGAUCCCCUAAAUCGAUUUGAUUGAGACUAUCUUUAAAAGUAUUAAUUUCAGAAAUACAGCGCAGGUCUGGCGGCAGAAGAUUCCACUCUCUUGUUGAUCUUGGGUAAAGGGAGUACUGGUAGCAAAUCUUAUUGAAUGAAUGAGUUUCCAAUAUGUGAGGUCCAGUUUGCUGUCGAGUUGAACUGACCAUGUGACGAAUUUGGAUGUUUGAUGGAGUGAUGUUGUGAACUUCUUUGAAAAUGAAAAUUAACCGUAGUUUAAUACGUCAGUUUUCAAGUGGUUCCCACUGAAGGUUAGAGAGCAUGUUGGUGACACUGGAUUUCCAGCUGUAAUCGUUUAACACAAAGCGAGCAGCACGGCGUUGGAUUUUUUCAAUGGACUUCUUAUUGUUAGCUUGAUGGGGAUCUCAUAUGGCCUCGCAAUACUCAAGCUUUGGACGGACGAGUGUCUGGUAUGCCAUGUCCUUGAUGGAUUUACUACGAGUGGAGGUUUCUUCUCAGGAUACCCAGCGUUUUAUUUGCUUUGGCUGUAAUCUGAUUGAUGUGGCAUGCCCAGUUAAGAUCCUUGCUAACUUCAACACCAAGAUAUGGGUGGUGGGUGACUGUUUCAAGAAUCUGUCCAUUCAUGUUAUAUGUCGUGUUGAUUGGUUUAACUUUGUGACUGCCAUGCAUAGCAUAACAUUUGGAGGAGUUGAAGGACAUUUGCCAUUGAGACUCCCAUUGACAUAAUAAAUCAAUAUCAUUUUGCAGCAGCUGAGCAUCUUGGUCAUUUUUUAUCUCACGGUAGAUUAUGCAGUCAUCUGCAAAAAGUCUGACUUUGGACUUGACUAUAUUUGGCAAGUCGUUGAUGUAAAUGAGAAAAAGUAAGGGUCCCAAAACGGUCCCCUGGGGCACUCCGGAUGUUACCGAAGAUUCAGGGGACUCUGCCCCCUCAAGAAGCACAUGUUGCUGUCUGUUAGUAAGGAACACGUUUAACCAAUGUAGAAGGCUGUUGUUAAUGCCCACAUGUUCAAGCUUACGUAGCAAUCACUGAUGGGGGACCGUGUCAAAUGCCUUACUGAAGUCGAGUAUGAUCAAGUCUGCUUGGCUUCUAUUGUCAAGGAUCUUUGCCAAGUCGUUGAUCAACCUGCAAGUUAGGAAGGCUUAGCAGGUCAGGCAGCAUUUGUGGUGGGAGAUGCCGUGUUAAGGACAUCUUCAAUACCUUUGGUCAUUGGCUGCCAUGGCACUACUUUCCUUCUUUCCCUGUUCCGCAACAAAAAAAGAACGGUUUCCAACCUUAAUAAUUUACUGUUUCAUCUUCCGCCGAUGUUGCCCGAUCCACUGAGUGUUUCCAGCAGCUUUUGGUUUUACUUAUUUGAAUUAGGACUAGCGGGAUGUCAAUCGGUCUUUGGGAUUUGCACCGCCAUUCAAAGACGGCCUGUCCCUCUGCGUCCCACCAUCGUCCGGUCGCCUUACCCGCCCGUCGGCCAAAACCCAAACGACGGGCCGAGCGCCCAUCCCCAACCGAACACCGGCCCGCCCGGAAGAGGUGACCGCAAGCUGCAGCAUGGCGUCACUGGGCAUGGCCUCGUCGCCUAGUGACCGGACCGGACAUUUGUUAUGACAUCCACGCGUUACCAUGGUACUCUAGUGAUGCCAUGGCACCGGACGAGGCCUCUGGUCGGGUCCCGCGGGCCUUCGCCGGGCUACGUGGUGCGGUCGUGCUUGCCGAGACCGCCAUGGUUAACCGGUUGAAUCAAUUGUGUUUGAACGUGUCGUUACAGCGAGUCGGUCCUACGGUCUGGCAUUCUGGAGGGUGUGACAAAGAUUUUGUGAAACCAUGGCAAAUUGGUCUGAACCUGAAGAUCUAAGUAAGUCAUUAGUUUUUCGUCUGCAUGAAGGCACUCCUGAAAUCAUCCGGGAUGUCCUCCUUGAGCGUGGUUGGGUGGAAUUCGAUGAAAAAGUACAAGAUAAAGAUGACUGGAAUCUAUAUUGGCGAUCUGGUUUUUCCAAUGCCGAAUAUGAGAACAUCAUGCCUUGGCAAAGACUGGUCCACUACCCUAACAGCAUGGGCAUUACUCGAAAGGACAACCUUGCUCGUAAUUUGAAGCGUAUGUUAGGGAUUUAUGGACCUAAUAUAUAUAACUUCAGCCCUGUAGCUUUCAUCCUUCCCAAUAACUACACCAAAUUUGUUGCUGAAUAUACAAAAGACAAAAAGGCUAAUGGAGGAAAGCCAGGAUACUGGAUCUGCAAGCCUGUGGAUCUCUCGCGUGGCAGAGGAAUAUUUAUAUUUCAAGAUAUCAAAGACCUGACAUACAGUGGUUCUGUUAUAGUGCAGAAAUACAUCACGAAUCCCCUUCUCAUCUCUGGUUAUAAAUUUGAUUUGCGAAUCUAUGUUUGUGUCACCAGUUUCUCGCCAUUGACAGUUUAUAUUUACCAAGAAGGUUUGGUGAGGUUUGGGACAGAAAAAUAUAAUCUCUCAUCGCUUGACAACAUAUAUGCUCAUUUAACAAAUACUAGCAUCAAUAGAUUUGGACCCUCUUAUACAAUGGAUAAAGAACGUGUUGGUUCAGGUUGUAAAUGGACAAUGAGCCAAUUCCGUGCUUUUUUACACAGUCUGAAUAUAAAUGAACCACUAAUGUGGCAGAGGAUAAGCAAUAUUGUAACAAUGACAUUGCUUACAAUUAGUCCUUCGAUUCCAUCCCCUCCUAACUGUCUUGAACUGUUUGGUUUUGAUAUCCUGAUAGACGAUAACAUAAAGCCAUGGCUUUUAGAAGUAAAUUAUAGCCCAGCACUAAUGAUAGAGUGCAAUGCUGAUGUGGUAGUGAAGAAGGAACUAUUAUACGACCUCAUUGAUUUGCUGAACUACAAAGAGAUAGACACAUUGCGCCAGAGAGGUUACCCAAGAUCAUGGCAAUAUAAUACCUUGUCUCGUAGCUAUCCUUCCUUUUGCAUAAUUAACUCUCACAGAAAUCUUCAUUCCAGCAUGUCUGAAAGAAGAAAAGGGCCUUUGAAAGAAACUUGGUCUUCCAGCAUGCACAACCAUUCACUGCUACUCUGCUGCAAAAGUUGUAGCCAGUCUGUUGUGUGCAACGAAAGUUCUGCCAGUGAAGACCCAUUAAUGGACUCUACAAAACCAGAAGUGGAAAACAAAUCCCCCCGGAGCAGCAAACUGCACCGCUCUUCUGAAGAAUGCAUCAAAAAGGUGCAUGGUCCCAGGGGUGGAGGAUCUGUCCAUUGUUCAGAAACCAGGGAAAGCAGAAAGUUCACCAGACAACUGCCAAAGAAGACCUUGACCUCACAGUUGAGAGAAAAUUUGAAUAAAAGUUUGAAUUUCCCACUUUGUACACAAAAUACUAUUGACAGGACAAGGCUGCUGGAAGCACAUAAUGCACUGACUGAGCAGAAUUUUCCUAAAAUGAGUCCACGGCUCCCUACCCUUACGUUGAAGUAUGAUUUGUCAUCUUUCCCACAGUACAGCAUUUCAGAUUAUGACAAGAAGCCCAUAACUCGUAUAGGUGACUUCAUCUUGACAUUCCCAUUUAAUGAAGUGACUCUGAAGGCAUCUCAGAAUCCCUUAAACAUGAGGGUAAUAAUACAGGAACUGCAGAAGUUGCUGAAGAGACAGAUGUUCAGGGAAACAAAGACUACAAAAAAAAAGUCUGAACCCCAUCCCGAAAACUUCUUUAAUAGAAGAGAGUACUUUGACCCUUUGUUGUGGGGGCCACGCAAUCCUCCAUUGCUCAGUGAAUACUUCUCAGAAAACUAA